GGCUCCUCCUCCGCGCCCGGCCUGGCGGCGGCGGCGGCCUCUCCAGCCACCACGUAGGUUCCCAGGAAGAGAAGCCGGAGGAGGAACCCCGGGGGCACACGGCUCCGGGGGGGGCGCAGCAGCACCGCCGGCCGCAUGGAGCCCAACGUGCGCUUCUGGAUCACGGAACGCCAAUCUUUUAUUCAGAGACUUCGUCAGUGGACAGAGUUAUUGGAGCCUACCAAUUUGUUCAUUUCAGUUGCAAAAAUAGAGAAAUUGAGGCAACUAUUGUUAACAAAUGAAGAGGCAUCUGUUCAUGACUUGGGGGACCAGCGGAUGCGCGAAGCUUGGAGGAGAAGUCUGGCCACAGUGCAUCCUGACAGCAGCAAACUGAUCCCCGUUCCUUUCCGACCUGCAGCUCUCCUGCUUUUCACGACGCCCAUGGUAUUUUUGUCCAUGGUGCCGGGGAAAAGCCUGAAGUCCAUGAUUUUACCUCAGCUGUCUUUCUGGAGCUACAGCGCAGCAUUCAACAUCACCAACGGGAACGCGAGUUACCAUCGUCACCCAUAUGAGAGUGUAUUACUAGGGGCAGGAGCGGUUGCUUCUACGACCUUUUUUGCAUUAUUCCCUCAUUUAUUCCUCAUAAAGUAUGAGCUGAAAAGCACUUUGCUAAGAAGAACCUUGCCUGUCGUCAUUCUCGCCCACGUCAGUGCAAUGAAUGUUCUUGCGUCCCGAAGUUUGGAGACCACGCGAGGGAUUGAGGUCAUGAACAAGGAAGGCCAGGUCAUAGGUUAUUCCAGAAGAGCGGGGGCAAAGGCCGUGAGAGAUACAGCCACAUCCAGAGCCGUGCUGUUUGGCACCUCCGCUUUGAUUCCUGAAGUCUUCGCAAACUUUUAUAAACGGACCCCAUUGUUCAGGCGGUACCCGCAGUCCUUGUGGACCUUGAAGCUGUCUUGCACUGUCUUGGUCAUGGGGCUGAUGGCGCCUGUUUCUUUUAGCAUGUUCCCCAAUAUCGAACGGAUACAGUGCAGUAAACUGGAAGAGGAAAUCCAGUCUGCAACGGAAGACACAGAACUCUUCUAUAACAGGGGGGUGUAGGGGUGAGUUCAGUAUUUUACACAGUUAAUGGACAAUCACGGUCACAGAGCUCUGCAUCAGUCCUCAGCGAUACACCCAGACA